UGGAUGAAUGUGGGUACAAAUCCUUAACUGUAGCCUAAACGCAACAUUUUAUCUUCUAUCCAGGAGUCUGCCCGUCUCGAUCGUUUGAAAUGUCUUCCAAGGCGGUCAGGUUAUUGGUAAUCUUCUCAGUGUAUUUAAUGGUCAAUGGGAAUAAUCCAAAAAGUCAACGGACCCUCUUGCCAAACGUUUUAGUUUUGGAAGUAACUGGACAGCAGGCACAGUUUACUCUGCCUUGCUUGGAUUCGACGGCAGAGAUGAAAGGCAUUCUGGUUAAGAAUAUCGUUUGGAUGGUGAACGGAGCAGACACGCGCAUAAGGGGGAACACAUUCCUUGUAUCUCUGGAGGAGAGUUUUGGAGGGGGUAACUACACCUGUUACAGCGAGGAGAGAGCACUCCUCAACCACACUCUGGUGUUGCUUCAACAAGUGGGAUCCAAAAGAGCAGAUCUGAAUUGCACCGCUCAGAAUUACGACGGAGGCUUCCAUUGCUAUUGGAAAUAUCCCAAACAAAGCCGAUGGACGGUAGCUUUGGUUAAGGCUGAACGUACGAAUGCCAGUGGCAAGAGCUGGACCAGCUUUUCCAGUGAGGGCACCAUCCACUGUGACCUGGACACUGGUGGAACUGGGAUCACCUGCCGGGAAACCUGCCCUCAACGUGAGGAGAUCCAGCUAGUGCGCGUCUCGGUGUGUGUCUACAGCGAGAACUUCAUUCUGGAAGAAUACUCUGUGGACUUUUACAUGAGAGAAAUAGUGAAACCAGACAAGGUGAAGAUCGAGAAGGUGAAUGCAACCAUGGCCGAGUGGAGCUACCCAGAAUCCUGGAGUUCCCCCCACUCGUACUUCCCCCUGGUCUCCCAGGUGGUUGUCAGAAAGAACUGCAAAAAAUGUGGAAACUGCCCGGACCGAAACAAUGGACAGAUGGUGACAAACCACGCUCCAGGAGUGUUUCAGUUUGAGAUAAGGAAGACCAAAACCCUGUGUGUGCGCAUCCGGGACCCCUUGUAUGCCUCUCAGUGGAGUGACUGGAGCCGUCACAGAGGUGGAAAGAAGCUGAGGAAGACUUGAUACCCUGUGGAUCGUGUCAGAGGUUUUUAAUUCAGAUGUGAAUUCAAACACUUCAACACCUUCCGGGUUCAGGAAUUUCCAUUCAACUGAAACUGCAGUGUGAGAGUGUGCGCUGCGGUGACUGCGCCUGGAUGCUUGGACUCUAACCGGCCAGCACCCCAUCAACGAUUUAAAAUGUUUUGCCUGUAUUUAUGUCAAUUAGGGCACCCAUUGCACUCCUGACCAUUCCUGUAAUGAGGGAUCCCCCACUCUGCAUUCCUUCUCAAGAUUUUUUCUUGCCCUCUUGGGGGCUAGGGUCAGGGAGAUGUCAUCAAUAUUUGGCCUGUUAAGCCCUUUGAGACUGUACCUUUGAUUAAAGGCUAUGCAAAUAAAAUGUAAUUUAAUUUAAA